AACGAGGAACUGUGUCAGUAAGGAAGUGACGACGGCGCACGAGGGCAGUGGAAGUUCUUGCCAUUACACCUCGAGCCCUUGCGCGCGUUCAGCGACUUGUAAAGCAUCAGUGUAUUCGAAAAGUGUCUCAUAAUCUAUCCAUAUACUUUAAAGUGUGCGCAAUCUGCGUAGUUGCAACUUGGAAUACGGCGAUUUAUUGAAUAACCGUUCGGUUCUUCCGACCGACAUAAACAGAAAACAAAUGGGUAUUUACGUUUAGGCUACUUUAGUUUUGUGGACCUCGUUUUAGCUUAUUAUGGCGCAGCCGGCAGAGAAAGCAUACUACCGCUUUCUGGUAUUGUUCUUCAACUGUCUGCUCACGUUUGGCUCCUACUUCUGCUUCGACAUCCCUAGUGUCCUCCAGGACCAGUUCCAAGGGAAUUUGACGUGUGCCAAUACAACCGUGAUCAAUGGGACAGUGGACUGUGUGGAGGGACUGGGGAUGACCCCUCAGGAGUAUAAUCUGCUCUAUGCCAUCUAUGCCUGGACUAAUGCAGUGGUGGUUAUAAUGGCUGGGUUCCUUAUUGACAAACUAGGCAACCGCUUUGGUGUGUUCCUCUUCUCCUUCCUGUGUGUGCUGGGGUCAGCCAUCUUUGCUCUGGGUUCUCACUUCAAAGGAACAGCCUACCUGCUCCCUCUCAUGCUCACCGGCCGUUUGCUGUUUGGCUCUGGCAAUGGAUCCCUCACCAUUGUCCAGAACCGGAUUACAGCGUUCUGGUUCCGGGGGAAGGAGCUGGCCCUGGCGUUUGGCCUGACCCUGGCCUUCUCCCGCCUGGGCUCCGUCCUCAACUUCUUCCUCACCCAGCGGUUCCAGGCCCAGUACGGCAUGCAGUGGACCCUAUGGGGAGGUGCCUUCCUGUGUGUGCUGGGCUUCAUGUCUGCCAUCACGGUCAGUGCCCUGGACAAGGUGGGCAUGAAGCAGCUGGGACUGGAUGGGGCCAUUCAGGAAGAGUCACGCAAAGUGAGGUUUCAGGAUGUGAAGCUGCUCUCUCUCAGAUACUGGCUGUUGGUUCUCACCAUCAUGUUCUUCUACAACGGCAUCUUUCCCUUCAUAGCUGACGCCAGUAAGUUCAUACAAGACAAGUACAGUGACUACAGCCAGAAAGAGGCAGCCUACAUCGCUGGUGCCGUAUAUGACAGCUCCCUUGUCCUCUCUGCCACUGUCGGAAUUCUCAUCGACAAUGUGGGUUUGCGUGGGGUCUUUGCCGUGUCCUGUGCUGUCCUCACGCUUCCUGUCUUUGGCCUCCUGGCCUUCACUUUUGUCCCCCCUCUGGUAUCCACCAUCUGGCUGGGGGUCACCUACUCCUUCGCUGCUGCAAGCAUGUGGCCCUCUAUUCCCCUGGUGGUCCCUCAGGCAACUCUGGGGACAGCUAUGGGCCUUGCCACCUCAGUACAGAUGGUAGGAAUUGGCAUAUCCAACCUUGUCGUUGGCCAGAUCUUGGGAACCAAGUCAAGUGACGCUAAGAUCCCACUGUGGCGCUGGCAGCAGAUGAUGAUCUUCAUGUUGGCCAACACCAUCGCCUGCAUCGUCACCUCUGUGGUGCUCAACAUCGUGGACCACCGCCAGGGUGGGAUUCUGAAUAAGACGACCAAGAGAUCUGGCUCCCCGCCCCCCAGCGGACCUUCAGACAGAGAACCUCUCGUGGAGGGAGAGGAGGGGCAGAAUGACGAAGGGGCUGUUCGCUCUCCCUCCAACAGUUCCUAAUCACCUCACUCUUCUCUUAGAAGAGUCUGCCUCAGAUAGUUGAACUGAAAUGUGUACACAAUCGGCUUGAAUUGUUUUCUCUAUCUAUAUCUCUUGAGCCUUUUGGGGAAGGAGAGGGAUUUUUUUUACAGGAUUUGUCAAGGGAAAAAACUUCAGGACUCUGCCUAUAAUCUGAAAAUGGAGGUGGUCGGAUCCCCUCCCCUCAUGGUUCACUAAUCUUGUAGAUUAUACUCACUUAUCAGACAGACACUAAAUAUUGCCUUUUUAAAUCAUGGUCUGUGUCAAUGGAGCCUUUGCCCAAGUACAAGGCUCAUGUUAUUGAGUGCUACGGCAACAAACAGUGAACAGUAUUGAAGUCAGCAAAAUCAUGUCUUCACACUAAAACAAUCGGAAGCUAACUAAUGCAUGUUUUUGGUUUUGGUCCUUAUUUCAGUGAUCCAAAAGUUCUCCUUCUUUUAUAAGGUUAAACAUGUACGUUGGUUACUAAUUUAACCACUAUUAAUAAGGAGUCAACAAUAACCUGUUGCAUAACUGUUUAAUAUAAUUCUUUCAGUGAUAUUUCUGCACAUGUUUCUGUGACGCCAAUAAUGACAUCUUUAAUUUCAGAUAGCAACAACAAUCGCUUCAGAUUACAUGAGCUCUCUUUUUAAUUUUUAAAAUGUUUUAUGUGGUUGUGACGUUUGGUGUUAGCAGUGGUCCAAAAUGCUCAAGUUGAUGUAACAUGCAGCAAUUUGUUCUGGCAAUUACUGCCUUUCCAAUCAAACACACCAUUGCUUUUACUACAGGUUUCAGUCAAUAGAGACUAUGCAUGCAGCGGUUCAAGGUCCGCCAGUGUGAACCUUCUAUAAGGGAAUGGGACCGAUUUUUGCUUUAUACUGACAAGCUAGCACAAAUAAAAAGGUGUUGCUACAGUAACGACUGGUGUUGUUGUCAUAGCUGUAUUUUCA